CACCCCCUGGUGGCGCGUCCUGUCAACGGUGGAAAAUGGCUGCUCGGUGUACUUCUCCAAAGCUGAGAGAAAACUGAACAAAAGUCACAUUGUUACCAAGACCUUACUCUUGGACCUUGUUUAAACGGAAUAAACACCAACACGUGGACUUUCCGGCGCUGAGAAUGUCUCGUUGGGUGCCCUCUAAAAAGGAAAAGUAUGGUGUUGCGAUCUAUAACUAUGACGCCCGGGGAGAGGAAGAGCUGUCGUUGCAGAUUGGAGACACAGUGCACAUACUUGAGACAUAUGAAGAUUGGUACAGAGGACACAGGCUAAGAAGAAAAUCUAAAAAGGGUGUGUUUCCUGCUUGUUAUAUUCAUCUGAAGGAGGCCACAGUUGAGGGCAGUGGGCAAAAAGAGACUGUUAUUCCCACUGAGCUGCCUCUAGUUCAGGAGGUUACCACCACACUUCGGGAGUGGGCUUCAAUAUGGAGGGACCUCUAUGUGGGGGACAAGCGCGAGAUGUUCAAUUGUGUCCGCGACAUGAUCUACGACCUCAUCGAAUGGCGUUCCCAGAUCCUGUCUGGCACCCUCCCACAAGACGAGCUCACCGAACUCAAGCAGAAAGUCACCUCCAAGAUAGACUACGGCAACAAGUACCUGGAUCUGGACCUGGUGGUCAGAGACAGAGAUGGUAACAUCCUGGAUCCAGAGCUCACAAGCACCAUUAGCCUUUUCAGAGCACAUGAAGCAGCUUCCAAGCAAAUUGAGGACAGGAUCCAAGAGGAAAAGUCUCAGAAGCAGAAUAUUGAUCUGAGCAGGCAAGCAAAGUUUGCCUCCACACCAUCAUUUGCCCUCUUCGUGACUUUAAAGAACGUGGUGUGUAAGAUCGGCGAAGAUGCAGAGGUCCUCAUGUCCCUCUAUGACCCAGUGGAGUCAAAGUUCAUCAGUGAAAACUACCUGGUGAAAUGGUCAAGUUCAGGUCUGGUCAAAGAUAUAGAUCAGCUUCAUAAUUUGCGGGCCGUCUUUACGGAUUUAGGCAGUGAAGAUCUGAAGCGAGAGAAGAUCAGUUUUGUGUGUCAGAUUGUCCGAGUGGGGCGCAUGGAGCUGCGAGACAACAACACCAAGAAGCUGACAUCCGGACUGAGGAGGCCGUUUGGAGUAGCAGUAAUGGAUGUCACGGACAUCGUAACAGGCAAAAUGGACGAUGAAGACAAGCAGCAUUUUAUUCCAUUUCAGCCGCUAGCGUUGGAUGACGCCAUUCGCCACAAGCAGCUGAACAUCUCCCGUUUUUCACCCAGGGUGGCAGGAGAGAACGAUUUCCUCCAGACAGUCAUCAACAAAGUCAUCGCCGCCAAAGAGGUCAAUCACAAGGGCCAAGGCCUGUGGGUGACUCUGAAGCUGCUUCCUGGAGACAUCCAUCAGAUAAGGAAGGACUUCCCUCAUUUGGUGGACCGAUCGACAGCCGUGGCUCGGAAGAUGGGCUUUCCUGAGAUCAUCAUGCCAGGUGAUGUACGAAACGACAUCUAUGUUACUUUGGUUCAAGGGGACUUUGAUAAGGGAAACAAGACUACGCCCAAAAACGUGGAGGUGACCAUGUCUGUUUAUGAUGAGGAUGGCAAGAAGCUGGAGCAUGUGAUCUACCCUGGAGCUGGAGAUGAGGGGAUCCAUGAGUACAAGUCUGUCAUCUACUACCAAGUGAAGCAACCGCGGUGGUUUGAAACAAUUAAGGUGGCGAUUCCUAUUGAAGAUGUGAAUCGGAGCCACUUGCGAUUUACCUUCCGCCACCGCUCAUCACAGGACUCAAAAGACAAACCAGAGAAGAUAUUCGCUUUGUCUUUCGUGAAGCUGAUGAGGUAUGACGGAACGACUCUAAGGGACGGCGAGCACGAUCUGAUUGUGUACAAGAUCCCACAAGCAGAGGCAAAGAAGCUGGAGGAUGUGUCACUCUACUUGAACCUACCGUCCACUAAGCUUGAGCUGGAGGAGAAGGGCUACUCCACAGCAGGAAAGAGCGGACAGAAUCUGGGCAAUUGUACCAUCAGCAAGGACUCUUUCCAGAUCUCCACCUUGGUCUGCUCUACCAAGCUCACACAGAAUGUGGAUCUACUUGGCCUGCUGAAGUGGCGCUCCAACACCAGCCUGCUACAGCAGAACCUCCAGCAGCUGAUGAAGGUGGAUGGUGGAGAAGUUGUCAAGUUUCUGCAAGACACUCUGGAUGCUCUCUUCAACAUCAUGAUGGAGAAUUCUGACAGCGACACUUUUGAUACUUUGGUCUUCGACGCCUUGGUGUUUAUAAUUGGACUCAUAGCCGAUAGGAAGUUCCAGCACUUCAACCCUGUUCUCGAAACCUACAUCCGGAAGCACUUCAGUGCCACUUUGGCGUACACGAAGUUGACCAAGGUUUUGAAGAAUUACGUCGACAAUGCUGAGAAGCUAACAGAACAGCUGCUGAAGGCAAUGAAAGCUCUGGAGUACAUCUUCAAGUUCAUCGUUCGCUCCAGGGUCCUCUUCAACCAGCUGUACGAGAACAAAGGAGAGGCCGACUUCACCGAGUCCUUGAGGAACCUUUUCACAUCCUUUAAUGAUAUGAUGAACAGUAAUUCAGAGAACACUGGCAUGGUGAAGGGUGCAGCGCUGAAGUAUAUUCCCACCAUUGUCAAUGAUGUGAAGCUGGUCUUUGAUCCUAAAGAACUAAGCAAGCUGUUCACCGAAUUCAUCCUAAAGGUUCCUCUGGGUCGCCUGGUGAAACAGAAGCUAGACUGUCUGAUUGACAUUGUUCACAGUAACCUCUUCACUCAUCACGAUUGCCGUGAGAUUCUCCUGCCUCUGAUGACAGACCAGCUGAAGUUCCACCUGGACAACUCUGAGGAGCUGAAUGCUUGUUGCCAGCUGCUCAGUGACAUCCUGGAAGUGCUCAACAGGAAGGAUGUGGGUCCGACACAGUGGCACAUCCAGGUCAUCAUGGAGAAGUUGCUGAGGACAGUAAACAGGACGGUCAUAUCCAUGCCCCGCGACUCUCCGCACAUUGGGAGCUUUGUGGCCUAGACUGCCACGCUGAGGCAGAUGGAUGACUAUCAUUAUGCCCAUCUGAUCGGGACCUUUGGCAAGAUAAGGAGUGAUGUGGUGGAUUUCCUAAUGGAAACAUUUAUCAUGUUUAAAAAUCUCAUUGGAGAAAAUGUCUACCCCUCUGACUGGGUCAUAAUGAACAUGAUGCAAAAUAAAGUGUUCCUUCGGGCUAUUAAGCAGUAUGCAGCAGUGCUAAACAAGAAAUUUAUGGAUCAAACCACGUUUGAGCUACAGUUGUGGAACAACUACUUUCACCUGGCUGUAGCAUUCCUUACCCAGGAGUCAUUGCAGCUGGAAAACUUCUCGAGCGACAAAAGAGCCAAAAUCUUCCACAAGUACCAGGAUAUGAGAAGACAAAUUGGCUUUGAAAUCAGGGAUAUGUGGUACAAUCUAGGACCCCACAAGAUCAAAUUCAUUCCGGAGAUGGUGGGUCCCAUCCUGGAGAUGACUCUAGUCCCGGAGAUUGAGUUGCGCAAGGCCACCAUCCCCAUUUUCUUCGACAUGAUGCAGUGUGAAUUCCAUUUCACAUGCAGCUUCCAGCGGUUUGAGAACGAGAUCAUCACCAAGCUGGAUCAUGAGGUGGAGGGGGGCCGCGGAGACGAGCAGUACAAAGUUCUCUUUCAGAAAAUUUUACUGGAGCACUGCAGGAAGCACAUGUAUUUGGCCAAGACGGGCGAGAAUUUUGUGUCUCUUGUGGUGCGUCUGUUGGAGAGGCUGCUGGAUUACAGGACCAUCAUGCACGACGAGAACAAGGAGAACCGCAUGAGCUGCACUGUCAAUGUGCUCAACUUCUACAAAGAGAUAGACAGAGAAGAGAUGUACAUCAGGUACUUGUACAAGCUGUGUGACCUCCACAAAGAGUGUGACAAUUACACUGAGGCUGCCUACACGCUGCUGCUGCACGCCAAACUGCUGAAGUGGUCAGAUGAACUGUGUGCAGCCCACCUUACCCAGAGAGACGGCUACCAGGCCAUCACUCAAGGUCAACUUAAGGACCAGCUCUACCAUCAGAUUAUCAGUUACUUUGACAAGGGCAAGAUGUGGGAGGAAGCGAUCAUUUUGGGAAAGGAACUUGCAGAACAGUAUGAGAAUGAAAUGUUUGACUUUGAGCAGCUUAGUGCAUGUUUGCGAAAACAGGCCCAGUUCUAUGAGAACAUCGUCAAGGUCAUUCGGCCCAAGCUCGACUACUUUGCUGUGGGCUAUUACGGCACAGGGUUCCCCUCCUUCCUCCGUAACAAAAUGUUCAUCUACCGUGGCAAAGAGUACGAGCGCAGAGAAGAUUUGGAAGCACGAUUGCUCACACAGUUUCCCAACGCAGAGAAGAUGAAGACAACCACCACACCCAGCGAGGACACACAGGGUUCUCCUGGACAGUACAUCCAGUGUUUCACAGUCAAGCCCAUCCUUGAUCUGCCUGCCAAAUUCCAAAACAAGGCUGUCUCUGAACAAAUACUGAGCUUCUACACAGUGAAUGAAGUCCAUAAAUUCCAGUAUUCCAGGCCAGUGAGGAAAGGAGAGAAGGACCCCGACAAUGAGUUUGCGACUAUGUGGAUUGAGAGGACCACUUACACAGUCGCAUACAAACUUCCUGGCAUCCUGCGUUGGUUCGAAGUCAAGUCUGUGUCCACAGAGGAGAUCAGUCCGCUGGAGAAUGCUAUGGAAACGAUGCAGCUCACCAAUGAAAAGAUCAGCAGUAUCGUACAGAUGCAUCUCAAUGAUCCCAACCUUUCCAUCAAUCCACUCUCCAUGCUCCUCAAUGGGAUUGUGGACCCGGCUGUCAUGGGAGGUUUUACCAACUAUGAGAAGGCCUUCUUCAAUGACAAGUACAUGCAGGAGCACCCAGAGGACCUUGAGAAAAUAGAGAAAUUGAAAGACCUGAUUGCCUGGCAGAUCCCACAUCUUGCCGAAGGAGUGCGUAUCCACGGAGAGAAGGUUACAGAGGCACUGAGGCCUUUCCACGACCGCAUGGAGGCCUGUUUCAAGCAGCUGAGGGAGAAGGUGGAGAAACAGUAUGGAAUAAAGACACUGCCGGCGGCAGAUGAACGUCGGGGGCCCCGUCCUCCCUCCAUGGUGCGCUCCUUCACGAUGCCCUCCUCCCAGAGGCCUCUGUCAGUGGCUUCAGUCACCUCCAUCUCCUCUGACACCUCCCCCUCCAGGCCCGGCUCAGAUGGCUUUGCCAUGGAGCCUCUCUUGCCAAAGAAACUACACACCAAGUCUCAGGACAAACUAGACCGGGACGAGCCCGAGAGAGAGCGCAAGGACAAAAAGAAGGAGAAGAGGAACAGCAAGCAUCAGGAGGUGUUUGACAAAGAGAUGAAGACCACGGAGAUCGCUCUGCAGCCCGCCGAAGCUGUCAUACUGUCAGAGACGGUCAGCCCCCUGCGACCGCAGAGACCAAGGAGUCAAGUUCUCAUUCCGAUGGGCGUAGAUCGGCGCCUCUCGGUGUCCCCCGGACCUCCUCCUCCUUCCUCCUCCAGUGUCUCUUCAUCCCCGGGGCCUCCACCCAUCACUCCCAGGAGCAAGCUCUCCUAUAACCCGCACACUGCCUCCAAUCCGGAGCUGAACGGGAUGGGCUGCGUUGACAAGGAUAAACCGCCUCCUCCGCUGCCUAUGAAAGGCAGCACGGCUGAUUACGGCAACCUGGUAGAUAAUCAAGACUUGACGAGUCCCUCGACGCCGCCUCCUCCAGCGCUGCAUCAAAGGCCUCCACCUCCCCUGCCAAGCAAGACUCCGCCUCGACCGCCGCCAAAGACCACCAGGAAACAGGCAUCCGUCGAUUCAGGAAUUGUACAGUGAACAAACCCGCUGACAGCAGGACCAAACGCCACACUGACAACACGACAAAAACAUUACCCACACAUCUCUCAGUCCCUGUCCCAGCUUGACAAGAUGAAUACCUCAUUCCAGGCCGUCCCUCUCCUACCAUCUUGUUUUUAUUCUUUGAUGAGGAUGAUGACGGUGUAGUCUCUCGCAGAGAGAGUGUUUGCACCGAUGCGUAAGUUGUUGAAUUUUUAGAUGAUGCCCACAAAGGAUGGCGUCCCACUGCAAGACUUCAUCCUGACACAGGAUUGUGUUCACAUUCUUUCUGACCAACAGCUUUCCAACAGCUCGGAGCUCUGUAACGCAUCCCAUUUAUUCAUAUUGACACUAUGUACAGACAUUUGUAUAUAUGAUUUUAUUUCAGGGUUGUUGUUUUUUAUGUGAUUUGAUCAUGACUGUUUUUAUUUUUAUUAAGGUCUCAUUAGAUUAAGUGGCAUUUGCAUUUUAACAAAAAAAGCUUUUAGGUUUGACAGAUGACACAUUUUGUAUGUGAGCAUGUAUCAAUGAUUGUUAUUGAAAACAGUAGUGCUUUGGUGUGCACAUACAACUAACUCCUUCCACGUUACCGCUGUCCACACUUUGACCUAAAAUUGCUGUAACCUUGGAUUUACAUAACACCAACUACUGACGUGACUUCUGAAUAAACUUUCAAAUGUAUUUUUAAAAAC